AUGCCCUCAUCCCCUCAUGCCCUCAUGCCCUCAUGCACUCAUGCCCUCACGCCAUCAUGCCCUCAUGCCCUCAUGCACUCAUGCCCUCAUGCCCUCAUGCCCUCAUGCCCUCACGCCAGCAUGCCCUCAUGCCCUCAUGACCUCAUGCCCUCACGCCCUCAUGCCCUCAUGCCCUCAUGCCCUCAUGCCCUCACGCCCUCACGCCCUCAUGCCCUCAUGCCCUCAUGCCCUCAUGCCCUCAUGCCCUCACGCCCUCACGCCCUCAUGCCCUCAUGCCCUCACGCCCUCAUGCCCUCAUGCCCUCAUGCCCUCAUCCCCUCAUGCCCUCAUGCCCUCAUGCCCUCAUGCCCUCAUGCCCUCACGCCCUCAUGCCCUCAUGCCCUCAUGCCCUCAUGCCCUCACGCCCUCAUGCCCUCAUGCCCUCACGCCCUCAUGCCCUCAUGCCCUCAUCCCCUCAUGCCCUCAUGCCCUCAUGCCCUCACGCCCUCAUGCCCUCAUGCCCUCACGCCCUCAUGCCCUCAUGCCCUCAUGCCCUCACGCCCUCAUGCCCUCAUGCCCUCAUGCCCUCAUCCCCUCAUGCCCUCAUGCCCUCAUGCCCUCAUGCCCUCAUCCCCUCAUGCCCUCAUGCCCUCAUGCCCUCAUGCCCUCACGCCCUCAUGCCCUCAUGCCCUCAUGCCCUCAUGCCCUCAUGCCCUCACGCCCUCAUGCCCUCAUGCCCUCAUGCCCUCAUGCCCUCAUGCCCUCACGCCCUCAUGCCCUCAUGCCCUCAUGUCCUCUUGCCCUCAUGCCCUCCUGCGCUCAUGUUCUAAUGCACUCAUGCACUCAUGCCCUCAUGCCCUCAUGCACUCAUGCCCUCACGCCAUCAUGCCCUCACUCCCUCAUGCCCUCAUGCCCUCAUGCCCUCACGCCCUCACGCCCUCAUGCCCUCAUGCCCUCAUGCCCUCAUGCCCUCACGCCCUCAUGCCCUCACGCCCUCAUGCCCUCUAG